AAUGAGGUUAAUAUAUGUGCAAAAAAACUUCAAUCUCAAAUCGAUUCUGAAUCUACUAUUAAAAACACCACUACAACGACCAAUAUUACUGAAUCUUGCGAAACAUUUGCAACAAGCAUUAUAUUAUAUUUGGCAGGAGCUGUUGGCAAACAUGCUGACCAACUUGAAGCAGAAUAUCCUAGAUACGAUCAUUCCGCAACUGCAUAG